AUGGCGUUCGGAAAACCUAGGAGUCGUCUCACUAUUCUUGCCGGUUCUUUCUACAUACCCAAGGGCAACCCCUCCAAGCCCCGCGGAGAGGACGCCCACUUCUACUCCGAAGAAGCCCAGGUGAUCGGCGUCGCCGACGGAGUCGGCGGGUGGGCGAGGAGAGGCAUCGACGCCGGGGAGUACGCAAGAGAGCUCAUGAGAAAUGCAGCUGAGGCGGUCCAUGGCCGCCACCCCACCGACGUGGACCCGAAAGACGUACUCAUAGAUGCUUUCUUGAAGACGGGAGCGCCGGGUUCUUCCACUGCCUGCAUCAUAUCAAUAUCCGGAGGCCGACUCCGGGCGGCGAACUUGGGUGACAGUGGGUUCUUGGUGAUCAGGGGAGGAAAGACGGUGUACAAGUCGCCGGCGCAGCAGCAUGGCUUUAACUAUCCUUACCAGAUGGGAAGCAAGUCGGCGGACUUGCCGGAUGAGGCGGAGGAGAUGGUGAUGGCGGUGGAGAGAGGCGACAUUGUGAUUGCCGCGACAGAUGGGCUGUUUGACAAUUUGUUUCCGGAGGAUAUAGAGGAAACGGUGGAGCUUUGCUUGAAGAAGGAGAGUCUACCGGAAGUGGUGGCGUGUACAUUGGCAAGGGCGGCGCGUGAAAAGUCUCUGGAGGAAAGGACAGCGAGCCCUUUCGAAGUGGCGGCGUAUGAGGCCGGAGUCGAGCACUUUGGAGGGAAGUACGACGACAUCACGGUGGUUGCUGCUUACGUCGUACCUGACAGUUUGUACUUCAGAUAG